GAGAGGAAGCCGCUUUAAGCACAUUUCUACUCGGAACUCUCUAUCGAUUCUGCAUCUUGCUUUGUCUGUAUUUAUCUAUCUAUAACAUCGACGCCAGUUAAAUAUAGCCUUAAGGAUAGAGUGUUUAAAAAGAACAAAACCGUAUGUAUGUAUGUAGCCACAAACGCCAACUCAACUGUUAGCUUCUAAGUUAGCCAUCUAGCUAACGCUGACUGCUCUAGUUGAAUUCUGGAUAAGCUACCAGACAGCGGUUCCUCUCGGUCUCCGUGCAAUUUUACAUUAAGAGUAUGGAUGCUUCUGCCAGGGCCAAGUUGAUGGAGAUGAAAGUGAAGCCAAACAGUGAUGGACCAAAGCGGAUUCCUGUAUCCCAGCACUCACAGAUGGCUCAAAAGGCUUUAGUCACACCAACUCCACCUCAACAGGUCCUCAGCGUGUCAAACGGUCCCAAGCGCAUUCAGCGUCCCGUGAGCCAACAGAAACCAAUAUCUCAUGUCAGCGUUGUCAAGCCAAUGCGCCCGGGUGAUCAGAAUGUGAACCCUGCUACUCAGCCCAAACCUGGCUCCCAGCAAAAGAUGACUGAGCCCAAGGUGAAACCGGAGCGGACUAAGUCAGCAACAGAAUCUGAAAAGCCUGAGAAGUCACAGAAAAUGCCUGCAAAGACUGAGUCUUCAAGAGUCUCUGAUUCAAAGAAGCGAUGGAGCCUGGAAAACUUCGACAUUGGUCGUCCUCUGGGAAAAGGUAAAUUUGGCAACGUCUACCUGGCCAGAGAGCGACAGACCAAGUUCAUCUUGGCCCUCAAGGUGCUCUUCAAGAAGCAGCUGGAGAAGGCAGGGGUGGAGCACCAGCUGAGGAGAGAGGUGGAGAUCCAGUCUCACCUCAGGCACCCCAACAUCCUGCGACUCUAUGGCUACUUCCAUGAUGCAUCGCGUGUGUACCUCAUCCUUGAGUUUGCACCCAGGGGAGAGCUCUACAGCGAGCUACAGCGCUGUGGAGGUUUUUCUGAGGAGAGAAGUGCUACAUACAUCAUGGAGCUGGCAGAUGCCCUCAAUUACUGCCAUGCCAAGAAGGUGAUCCACAGGGACAUCAAACCAGAGAACCUCUUACUGGGGUCCAACGGGGAGCUGAAGAUUGCAGACUUUGGCUGGUCUGUUCACACGCCCUCCUCCAGGAGGUCCACUCUGUGUGGAACGCUGGACUACUUGCCACCAGAGAUGAUUGAGGGAAAAACUCAUGAUGAGAAGGUGGAUCUGUGGAGUCUGGGCGUCCUUUGCUAUGAAUUCCUGGUUGGACAUCCGCCAUUUGAAGCAAAAACUAACGAGGACACAUACCGCAGGAUAUCAAGGGUGGAGUACACUUACCCUCCGCAGACCAAUUUCAGUGCUGGAGCCAAAGACUUGGUUGCCAGGCUGCUGAAGCACAACCCCAUGCACAGGUUGCCCAUUGAGGGAGUCCUGUGCCACCCCUGGGUGGUUGAGUACUCCAUCAAAAAGCCCAAAGCCUGGAACAGUGAAGAGCCUAGCCAAUGAGUAUUUCUGUUCCUCUCCAACCAACAUCUUGGAGAUGUGAAGGUGAAGCACUGCGGUCAGAGCGUGGCUGGCCAGUGUGGAGCAUAAAGUUUUGUUUGCAGCUGAUUUGAGAAUCUGCUUUUACUACUAAACUGACCACAAAUCACUUCACGUGGAUGUUUCUGUCUGCAGGCAUUUGCCACUUGGUCGUUUCUCUCUUUCUGUCUUUUUAAAGUUUCCUUGUUUUAUUAAC